AUUUGGACCCCAACCCCCGACUCGCUCUCUGCGCUCUUCUUGUGACCUGAUUGGCAGAGAGGUUCCCCCCCGCCAACAGAUUUAACCCCUCGUGUUUCCAGCGAUGGAGAAAUACGAGAAGCUGGCGAAAAUCGGGGAAGGGUCUUACGGAGUGGUCUUCAAAUGUCGGAAUAAGGAGACCGGGCAGGUUGUGGCCAUCAAGAAGUUUGUAGAGUCGGAGGACGACCCGGUCAUCAAAAAGAUUGCCCUGCGUGAGAUCCGGAUGCUGAAGCAACUCAAACACAACAACCUGGUGAACCUGCUGGAGGUUUUCAGGAGGAAGAGGAAGCUCCAUCUGGUCUUUGAGUAUUGUGACCACACGGUCCUCAACGAGCUGGAGAAACACCCCAACGGGGUUCCCGACUCGACCACGAAGAACAUCGUGUGGCAGAUACUUCAAGCUGUAAACUUUUGCCACAAGAAUAACUGCAUCCACCGGGACGUGAAGCCUGAAAACAUCCUUUUCACCAAGCAAGGAGUCAUAAAGCUCUGCGACUUCGGCUUCGCCCGCAUUUUGACCCGUCCUGGUGAUGAUUACACAGAUUACGUGGCUACUCGGUGGUAUCGGGCCCCGGAGCUGCUGGUAGGAGACACUCAGUAUGGAGCGGCCGUCGAUGUGUGGGCCGUGGGCUGCGUCUUCGCAGAACUUCUUUCCGGGCAGCCCCUGUGGCCGGGGAAAUCUGACGUGGACCAGCUGUACCUGAUUAUUAGGACUUUGGGAAAGCUGAUCCCCCGACACCAGUACAUCUUCCGAAGCAACCAGUUCUUUCAUGGAGCCAGUAUCCCCGAGCCUGACCCCGGAGACGUGGAAACUUUGGAGGAGAAAUUCCCCAACAUCCAGCCGACUGCUAUGAGCUUCAUGAAGGCUUGUCUGCGCAUGAAUCCCGAUGAUCGCCAGGCGUGUGAGCAGCUGCUGGAGAGCACUUAUUUUAACCCCGCCCGCGAGGAACCUGAAAAGAGGAAGAGCAAGGGGAGGAGGAGACUGCAGCAGGGCCAGCUCUUGCCGCAGAUUCCGGGGAACGGCGCGUCGCCGGCUCCAGAGGGUAAAAGCAAACCGCGGGCCCAGAAAUUCGACCACUUCCCUAACAUCUAGUUGCUUGUUAUUACCCUUUCCGGACGCUAAAGUAACGCCUAGAGAACAGCAUCGCUGACGCGG